ACCGGACAAAUUGAUGGUUUAAAAACAAAGCUCGGUCUGGAUUAUAAUAAAAUCAGAUCAUGAGACUCUACCAAACAAAGAGUCCUUUCGAUCUCUGCAAAAUUUGUUUUUGACUGUAGGUGAAGUGUACUACUUGAAGCGAAUCCAAAACGCGGUGAUCCGUGCGUUUUAAGACAUCAAUCGCCACCAUAUGCAUCACUGGGUUCGAGCUUCCUCUUCCGAUUUCGCCGGAGCUCCUCCACAGCCCAGGAGUGGACAUACAGCUGUCAAUGUCGGAAAAUCCAUGGUCGUGGUGUUUGGCGGCCUCGUCGACAAGAAGUUCCUCAACGACAUAAUUGUUUAUGACAUUGAGAACAAACUCUGGUUUGAGCCAGAGUGUACUGGCAGCGUUUCUGAAGGAAAAGUUGGUCCUACACCUCGAGCGUUUCAUGUUGCCAUCACUAUUGAUUGUCAUAUCUUCAUCUUUGGUGGACGCUCUGGUGGCAAAAGGCUGGGUGACUUCUGGGUUCUAGAUACAGGUAAGUGUACAAUUAUAACAAUGUCACUGAGACCUGCCUGGGAACUAUUUAAUACUCUGAUGCUAACGUUUUCUGCAGAUAUAUGGCAGUGGUCUGAGCUAACCAGCUUCGGCGACUUACCUACGCCUCGUGAUUUUUCUGCUGCCGCUGCUAUUGGCAACCAGAAAAUUGUGUUGUGUGGCGGCUGGGAUGGUAAAAAAUGGCUGUCAGAUGUGUAUGUUAUGGACACAAUGUCUCUUGAAUGGAUGGAGCUGUCGGUUUCGGGGUCGUUGCCACCUCCUAGAUGUGGUCAUACAGCCACCAUGGUUGAGAAACGUUUACUUGUUUUUGGUGGCCGAGGAGGCGGUGGCCCUAUCAUGGGUGAUCUGUGGGCUUUGAAGGGUUUAAUAGAUGAAGAACGUGAAACACCUGGAUGGACCCAACUAAAGCUUCCUGGCCAAGCACCAUCAUCUCGAUGUGGUCACACUGUGACAUCCGGAGGACAUUAUCUUCUGUUAUUUGGGGGACAUGGAACUGGUGGAUGGCUGAGUCGUUAUGAUGUCUAUUACAAUGACACUAUAAUUUUAGACAGAGUAACUGCUCAGUGGAAGCGCUUACCAAUAAGCAAUGAUGAGCCUCCUCCACCUCGAGCUUACCACACCAUGACCAGUAUUGGAGCUCGUCAUCUUUUAAUUGGUGGUUUUGAUGGAAAAUCAACUUUCGGUGAUCUUUGGUGGCUGGUUCCUGAAGAUGAUCCGAUAGCCAAGAGGUCUUCUGUACCUCAACUUAGAAACCUUCCUGAAACUAAGGAGUCAGAGAGAGAACUGGAUACGCAGGAAAGGGGACAAGAGGGAUCCACCAUCGUUGACUUGCAAAAGGAAAUGGGAAUCUCUGUUUCAUCAGGGCUACGCCUUCAAAUCCCUGAGGAGUCAGAAGAUGAAGAGUUCGUUGAGUUAGGAACCAGAUUGAUUGAGGGAGAUGUAAUUGAUAAUCGAGCCUCCAUGAUUCAGAUGGCAGCUGAAGCACUUCGUCAACAUUGGAAAGAGUCCACUCCACAGACUUUGCAACUAAAAGAGCUUGGUUCCUUGCUUCGAGAUUAUCAGCGACUGGUUACCAGAAAAUAUACAGCACAGAGCAGCUUAACAUCUACUGAUUUUGGCCUCCCCGGAAAGCAGACGUUUACAUUUUAUCAUAUCAGAAGUUCUUCCGAGUUGCGGAUGGAUGAUAUUCCGAAGUUGCUGGAAGAAUACAAAACCACCCUUCUAAUCUAAUCCAGGAGCUUUACCAUGAAACUCACAAGGAGAAUACAAAACCCUUCUAAACUCAUCAAGUAGCUGCCAAGAAGAUCACCAAGAUCUGCUAUUAGCAUUACCAUUUCAAACAACAAAGCUAAACAGUCUCAAGAGAAUCGUAUCUCUGAUAGACAACAAGACAUGUACAUCUUCUUCUUAGUCAAGGAGAAAAAAGAUAAUUACCCAUAUGUAAGAUUUUCAUUAUCUCUACUUAAUCCACAUACCUCAGCAUCUGCUCUU